GGGGCCGCGGCCCGGAUGGCGGCCCGGGACGCGUAGCAGUGGCGGCUCUGCGGCCCGGGGCCCCGGGCGGGCGGAGGUGGCGGCUCCCGGGACCGGCCGCGCGCAAUGAUGGUGUCCACUGGACAUGCACUGACCAAGGAGACAGAUCUGAGAACAUAGCUGAAGCUGAAAAUAGGAAAGCUGGGGGCAAGGAAGAGCCUUGAAUCUUGAGGUGGGACGUUGACUCUAAGAUGUCCUUGAGCAGUGGAGCCUCCGGAGGGAAAGGAGUGGAUGCGAACCCGGUUGAGACAUACGACAGUGGGGAUGAAUGGGACAUUGGAGUAGGGAAUCUCAUCAUUGACCUGGACGCCGAUCUGGAAAAGGACCAGCAGAAACUGGAAAUGUCAGCCUCGAAGGAGGUGGGGAUACCAGCUCCCAAUGCUGUGGCCACACUACCAGACAACAUCAAGUUUGUGACCCCAGUGCCAGGUCCUCAAGGAAAGGAAGGCAAAUCAAAAUCCAAAAGGAAUAAGAGUGGCAAAGACACAAGCAAGCCCACUCCAGGGACUUCCUUGUUCUCUCCAAGUGAGGGAGCAGCAAACAAGAAAGAUGCGCAGGGUCGCUCUGGAGAGGGCACCAACACAGGAGGCCUGGCUGCUGCUCUGGGCCCCAAGGGCUCGGAGAAGGCUGCUAAGGCGUCGCGCAGUGUGGCUGGCUCCAAAAAGGAGAAGGAGAACAGCUCAUCUAAGAGCAAGAAGGAGAGGAGUGAAGGUGUGGGGACUUGUUCGGAAAAGGAUCCUGGGGUCCUCCAGCCAGUGCCCUUGGGAGGACGGGGUGGUCAGUAUGAUGGAAGUGCAGGGAUGGAUACAGGAGCCGUGGAACCACUUGGGAGUAUAGCUAUUGAACCUGGGGCAGCGCUCAAUCCUUUGGGAACUAAGCCGGAGCCAGAGGAAGGGGAGAAUGAGUGUCGGCCACUAAAGAAAGUCAAGUCUGAAAAGAUGGAGUCCCCCGUCUCCACCCCAGCGGUGCUGCCGCUGCACCUUUUAGUGCCAGUGGUCAAUAAUGACAUCUCAUCUCCCUGUGAGCAGAUCAUGGUCCGUACCCGAUCAGUUGGAGUCAAUACCUGUGAUGUGGCUCUAGCUACAGAGCCUGAGUGCUUAGGCCCCUGUGAACCUGGAACCAGCGUCAACCUUGAAGGCAUCGUGUGGCAGGAAACAGAAGACGGGAUGUUGGUGGUAAAUGUGACAUGGAGGAACAAGACAUACGUAGGUACACUUCUUGACUGCACAAGGCAUGAUUGGGCACCCCCAAGGUUCUGUGACUCCCCCACCAGUGACUUGGAAAUGCGUAACGGUCGAGGACGAGGCAAGCGCAUGCGUCCCAACAGUAACACGCCUGUCAAUGAGACAGCCGCAGCCUCCGACAGCAAAGGGACCAGCAACAACAGCAAAACCCGAGCAGGAGCCAACAGCAAAGGCCGCCGGGGCAGCCAGAACUCCUCAGAGCAUCGCCCCCCAGCUAGCAGCGCCUCGGAGGAUGUCAAGGCCAGCCCUUCCUCAGCUAAUAAGCGGAAAAACAAGCCUCUUUCAGAUAUGGAACUGAAUUCUAGCUCCGAGGACUCCAAAGGAAGCAAACGUGUCCGCACAAAUUCCAUGGGCUCAGCCACCGGGCCACUCCCUGGGACCAAGGUGGAACCCAGUGUUGUGGACAGAAAUUGUCCCUCCCCAGUCCUGAUUGACUGUCCCCACCCAAACUGCAACAAAAAGUACAAGCACAUUAAUGGACUUAAGUAUCACCAAGCUCAUGCCCACACGGACGAUGACAGCAAACCGGAAGCUGAUGGAGACAGUGAGUAUGGAGAAGAGCCCGCCCUCCAUGCGGACCUCAGCGGCUGCAACGGUGCAUCUGUCUCACAGAAAGGAUCCUUGUCCCCUGCCCGCUCAGCUACCCCCAAAGUUCGGCUGGUUGAGCCUCAUAGCCCUUCCCCUCCAAGCAAGUUCAGCACAAAAGGCCUCUGUAAGAAAAAACUGAGUGGGGAGGGAGACACAGACCUUGGGGCCUUAUCCAAUGAUGGUUCUGAUGAUGGACCCUCAGUGAUGGAUGAAACAAGCAACGAUGCCUUCGACUCUCUGGACAGGAAGUGUGUGGAAAAAGAAAAAUGUAAAAAGCCCUCCAGUUUGAAACCUGAAAAGAUUCCAUCCAAGAGCUUAAAGUCAGCCCGGCCCAUUGCCCCUGCCAUACCCCCACAGCAGAUCUACACUUUCCAGACGGCCACCUUCACAGCAGCAAGCCCUGGCUCCUCCUCAGGCUUGACCACCACAGUGGUCCAAGCCAUGCCCAACAGCCCCCAACUCAAGCCCAUUCAGCCCAAGCCCACUGUGAUGGGGGAGCCCUUCACAGUCAACCCUGCCUUGACCCCUGCCAAGGACAAGAAAAAGAAAGACAAAAAAAAGAAGGAAUCAUCAAAGGAACUUGAAAGUCCUCUGACCCCUGGGAAGGUGUGCCGAGCAGAAGAAGGUAAAAGCCCGUUCAGAGAAUCAUCAGGGGAUGGAAUAAAAAUGGAGGGGCUUCUCAAUGGCUCCUCAGACUCCCACCAAAGCCGCUUAGCGAGUAUCAAGGCUGAAGCUGAUAAGAUUUACAGUUUUACAGACAAUGCCCCCAGCCCUUCAAUUGGAGGCAGCAGCCGCCUAGAUAGCACUACCCCAACCCAACCUACUCCCCUACAUGUAGUGACCCAGAAUGGUGCUGAAGCCAGUUCAGUCAAAACCAAUAGUCCUGCCUACUCUGACAUCUCGGAUGCUGGGGAGGAUGGGGAGGGCAAGGUGGACACUGUCAAGUCCAAGGACCCUGAGCAGCUGGUUAAAGAGGGGGCUAAGAAAACACUUUUCCCCCCUCAGCCGCAGAGCAAAGACUCACCAUAUUAUCAAGGCUUUGAAAGUUACUACUCUCCAGGUUAUGCGCAGUCCAGCCCAGGGGCUCUCAACUCAAGCAGCCAGUCAGGAAUGGAGGGCCAGGCCCUCAAGACAAAGAAGGAUGAGGAGCCCGAGAGCAUAGAAGGGAAAGUGAAGAAUGAUGUCUGUGAGGAAAAGAAACCUGAACUGAGCAGUUCCAGUCAGCAGCCCUCUGUCAUCCAGCAGCGGCCCAACAUGUACAUGCAGUCCCUGUACUACAACCAGUAUGCCUACGUGCCUCCCUACGGCUACAGCGACCAGACUUACCACCCCCACCUCCUGAGCACCAACGCAGCUUACCGACAGCAGUACGAAGAGCAGCAGAAACGGCAGAGCCUGGAGCAGCAGCAGCGGGGACUGGACAAGAAGGCAGAGCUGGGCCUGAAAGAGCGGGAAGCACCACUCAAGGAAGAGUGGAAGCAGAAGCCGUCAAUCCCACCAACUCUCACCAAGGCUCCCAGCUUGACAGACUUGGUGAAGUCAGGGCCAGGCAAAGCCAAGGAGCCAGGAGCUGAUCCUGCCAAGUCCGUCAUCAUUCCCAAAUUAGAUGACUCAUCAAAACUCCCGGGCCAGGCUCCUGAAGGCCUUAAAGGGAAGCUGGGUGAGGCCAGCCACCUAGGCAAGGAGGCCUCUGAGGCUAAGACAGGCACUGAGUGUGGCCGACAGGCAGAGGUGGAUCCAAUACUCUGGUACCGACAGGAGACAGAGCCCCGGAUGUGGACAUAUGUGUAUCCUGCCAAGUACUCAGACAUCAAAUCAGAGGAUGAUCGGUGGAAAGAGGAGCGGGACCGGAAAUUAAAGGAGGAAAGGAGUCGGAGUAAGGACUCGGUUCCCAAGGAAGAUGGGAAAGAGAGUACAAGUACUGAGUGCAAGCUACCCGCCUCCGAGGAGUCCCGCCUUGGGAGCAAGGAGCCCCGGCCAAGUGUCCAUGUGCCUGUGUCCUCCCCGCUCCCCCAGCACCAGUCCUACAUCCCCUACAUGCACGGCUACUCUUACAGCCAGUCCUAUGACCCCAACCACCCCAGCUACCGGGGCAUGCCUGCUGUGAUGAUGCAGAACUACCCAGGUUCCUACCUGCCUUCCAGCUACUCUUUCUCCCCCUAUGGCAGCAAGGUCUCAGGUGGUGAGGAUGCUGACAAGGCACGUGCCAGCCCCAGUGUGAGCUGUAAAGCCAGCUCAGAGUCCAAAGCCCUGGACAUCUUGCAGCAACAUGCCAGUCACUACAAAAGCAAGUCUCCCACGAUAAGUGAUAAAAGUUCUCAGGAGAGAGAUCGGGGAGGCUGUGGGGUAGUUGGGGGUGGUGGCAGCUGUAGCAGUGUUGGGGGAGCAGGAGGUGGUGACAGGAGUGCCGACCGGCCCCGCACUUCCCCUUCCCAGCGUCUGAUGUCCACACACCACCACCACCACCACUUGGGCUACUCCUUGCUCCCAGCACAGUACAACCUACCCUAUGCCGCAGGGCUUUCUUCUACAGCCAUUGUUGCCAGCCAGCAAGGCUCAACUCCCUCACUCUACCCACCCCCCAGGAGGUGAGAAUGAACACCAAGUGCCCAGAUGAAGUCAGCUUCGUGGGCCAGCCUGGCUCAUUUGAGGUGCUGCUGGAGAUGCCAUUUUACCAUCGGUUACACGGUGCUGAUCAUCCUGUUUGCCAUUCCUACCGUGACUGAAGGCAGACCCUUGGCUAUCUCACCUCCACGUGACCCUUCCUCUUCCUCAGGAGCUGAAGAACUGGUACUUUGCAAAAAUAUUUAUUCUCUCAGCCACAGUUAAGACUGUUGUGGCGUCUGUGGAGAUGAAGGCAUAGGAGCAACGGAGGGAACAGAGCCUCAUCCCAGAGAAGUUCCUGCUCUGUUAACCCAGCCCCUAGUCUACCGCCAGAGCAGAACCCUACACCGCCUGGGAGGGACCCCAAGCCUGGGGUAAGGUCUGAAGAGAGCACAGCAGCCAUGUCCCUUGCAUUGCCAUUACCACCGUCAGGACCCCCUGUCUCCUCAGUGGUUUGGGCCCUGGGAACUGGCAGCACGUGGAGAAAUUAGAAUCUCAGGAAAGAAGUUGGGGGCUGUUUUCCCUGUGACUGUGAAGACAAGGUCUUCAGGCAUGGAGACAUCCUCCUCUAAUAUGAGCACAGAUGAACGCUCAGAGCCUAACCUGUAAAGGAGAGAGAGUAAGGCGUUUGCCCCACCCCUCCCCCAGAGCCUUGUGCUCCUGUUAGGCAGAAGGUAGGGUUCUAGCACCAGCACAGGGUUCCCUGGGGAUGCUGGGAGGAGCUGGAGCAUAAAUGGAGUCUGUGAAAUUGAACCUGCUUCCUCACCAAAAUUCCUGCCGCUUUUCAUCUCCCAACUCCUUGCCCUUUCUCUUUUUAACCCCUUGGUGCCUUUCCCAGGGGCGGGGGGGAUCCCCAUACUGACCUCUUCUACUGCUUGUCUCUUACAACUCAGGCAGAAUAGACUUCUCUCAGCAUGGGUAACCUUGGAGUCUGCCACAUCACUUUAGAGCAUGAACCAGAAGGCAGGCUGUGGGAACACCCAGCAGUUCUCGGAGACAUUCAGUCUUCUGAGUAUCUUUCUCAUUUAGGGUCACAAA